GGCUUUCCCCAGCCCCCGACCAGGGUGUGUGGGACUCCAUCUGUCCUCACAUCUCCUUCCGCCUGAGGCCAGGUGCGAGGUGAGGCCUCGUCCCCGACAGCCUGUUUGAGAACUAGCCUCAGGUCAACCAAUCAAUGCCUCAGACAGAUAAGCAAAUAUGCAUCCCCCCGGAGCUGCCGGAAUUGCUGAAGCAAUUCACCAAAGCCGCCAUUCGGACCCAGCCACAGGAUCUCAUCCAGUGGGCGGCUGAUUAUUUUGGGGCUAUGUCUCGUGGAGAGAUUCCUCCAGUGAGAGAGCGGUCUGAGCGAGUGGCUUUGUCUAACUGGGCAGAGCUUACACCUGAGCUGCUAAAGAUCCUGCAUUCUCGGGUUGCUGGCAGACUGAUCAUCCAUGUAGAUGAGCUGGCCCAGAUAUGGAAGGUGCUGAGUCUCCCAACAGAUCUGUUUAACAGUGUGAUGAACGUGGGCCGCUUCACGGAGGAGAUUGAGUGGCUGAAGUUUUUAGCCCUUGCUUGCAGUUCUCUUGGAGUUACCAUUGCCAAAACUCUCAAGAUAGUGUGUGAAGUGUUAUCAUCUGACCAUGACUGUGGACCUCCCCGGAUUCCAUUUAGCACCUUCCAGUUUCUGUACACAUAUAUUGCCGAAGUGGAUGGGGAGAUCUCUGCCUCACACGUCAGCCGAAUGCUGAACUACAUUGAACAGGAAGUAAUUGGUCCUGAUGGUUUAAUCAAGGUCAACGACUUUACCCAAAACCCCAGGGUUCGGCUGGAGUAAAAGCACAGUUUUGGCAAUUUUAAAGGAAGAUACAGAGAUGAUUGAGCUUCAGAAUGACUGAAUCCCACGUGCCAUCCAAUGUCAAUUUUCUUGUACAACUGGUACACACUAAUAAACAAUUAG